AGCCACAACGCCCAAAUGGACAUUGGUCAAUACUAAUAUUUACCCACCUGUUGUGAAAUCCCUAUAAAGGCAAUCAAUCGAAACGCACAAAAGUCAGGCAACAGCAGCUUCGUUUUGGCAGAAUGAAGCUUCUAAUCGUGACCGUUGUUGUCACACUGCUGGCCAAAGCCCGCUGCCAGACGCCGGUAGUUGAGAAUGCGCCUCUGCAAGAGGCCGCGUGUAACGACUCGUUGGUCACAUUGGCUGCUGGGAGCGCAGUGCGGGAAAUUAAUAAGCGGCAAGAUGAGGGCAACAUCUUAGCACUUUACCGCAUUAAUGAAGCACACAUCCAGAACAAGGGAAUGGGCAAUACUUUCUACCUUAAUCUUCAUGUUUUAGACACAGACUGUAAUGUUUUGAGCAGGAAAGACUAUACGCAAUGUAACACCAAACAGUUUUUUGAAACUGUUUAUGGCACCUGCAAAGCUGUUAUAUACAUUAACAGAGUUAACCGAGAAGUUGACCUGUACAGCUAUAACUGCUCUCUCGCACCAAUUCCACGCAGAACAGUAUCACGAAUAUGUCCUGACUGUCCCCUUUCAGGCUCCUCAGAAAACAGUCAAUACCUUGUUACUGCAAAGAAAACACUUUUCAAAUUCAAUAAGGAAAGUAAUAAUUCCAAACUAUUUGCAGUAAAGAAGAUAACAAAAACUUCUAUGCAGUGGGUAGUUGGUGCAUCUUACUUUGUCAGUUAUAUAAUAUAUGAAACUGGGUGCGGUAAGGAAAAUCUCACUGAAGAUUUCAUCUGUGAGAUUGAAAAUCCUGACACGCGAUUUGGAUUCUGCAAAGGUUCACGGAUUCUGGCACCUGAUGGUCCUCACAUUUCUGUUUCUUGUGAAAUCUUCCCACCAGAGGAAGGCCGUGGACGUUGCCACAGGCAUAGGCACAAACAUAGACACGGGCAAGGUCAUGGUCAUGAUCACAAUCAUGGCCAUGGUCAUGAUCACAAUCAUGGCCAUGGUCAUGAUCACAAUCAUGGCCAUGGUCAUGAUCAUGGUGCUCCUCCCAAUGCUAAGCUCAAUCGUGGUCAAAGACAUGUGCAUGGUCCAGGGCAUGGAAAAGGACACAAACAUGGACACAGUCAUGGUCACAAGCAUGGACAUGGUCACAAGCACGGACAUGGUCAUGAUCAUGAUCAUAAGCACAAGCAUGAACAUGGUGAGGGUGAUAAAGGGCACCACAAAGAGUGGCAUAGCCACAGACACACUUCUGGCUGGAGAGGUUGUCAUAGGCACAACCACACACAUGGCCAUGGAUCUGGUAGCCAUGAGCACAGUCAUGAACAUGGACAUCAUAAUGAGUCUUCUUAUGAUCUUGACUUCCAUGACCCCUUGAACCAAAAUGAAGGCUCAGUGUUUAUUUUUCCUCAAACAAGUGAUCCUGUAGAACUUCCAGAUCCUAUUUUAAAUCUUCCUUCAUUUGCAAAAGAUGCUGACAUUCUUCCAUUUCCAGAUAAAAGAUCAACUUCUAUUUUGUGCCCUGGAGAGCCAAAGCUAUCAGUGAAUUGGAUCACAGAUUUUGGCCCUAAACACAAAUAAAAUCAGACAAUGUUUUUUUUGGUUCCUCUUUUUUAAAAAAUAUUAUUUCCAAGAAUAAUUACAUUUUU